CAUCUCAGACUUAGUCCCAGCCCCUCCUCCCUAGCGCUCCAUGUGCAGGCUUUGUCAGGGUGCAGUGUGUCCCUGCAGCUGUGGCCAGCAGACGACAAGGGGGCUGCUGGGGAGGGAGAACCACCCCGAAGAACCCCAGCCAGCUUCAGUCCUGGGCUGAUUGGCGCCUCUACGCACCGCUCUGCUUUUGGCGACCCUAGAGACCUCCGGCAUCUUGGCUCCUUGUGAACCACCCUGGGCUCCUCCGGAAGCUGUGCCUAGACAGGAGCUCCCACAGCCUCAAGUUUGCCUGCUUGGAGCUGUGCGCAGCCACGGAUUCUUCUUGUUUUAAAAAUGAUUUUUGUCCUCUAGGAGAGAUGUUUGUUCUCCCUCCCCUGGGCUUCUCUGAGUUCCCACUGACCCCUACCCCAAUUUCAAGGCAUGGAGCACUCCACUGCAUUCUCAGCAGAGAAGCCAGAGACCCCUGGCCACAUCAGCAGGUGCCAGAGCAUUCCCCAGCCUGAGACCCCAAGUGCCUCCUAACCAGCCCUCUGCAAACCUGCUGGACAAGAGAUUCGAAGAGGAUUGCUCCAGCCUCUACUGGCCAAGCCCAGAGCACAGCAGGGAACAAGCAUCCAGCUGUCAACCUUCAGUGGCCCCCAUUGCGGGAGAGGGUGACUGCACCGGGUAGGGGAAGGCCCUGGCCAGCCUCCCACAGAGCCCAGUUAUUUCAGCUUUUAGGAUGGAGUCAAGUGGAGGGUCCUCGGCACCCCCAGAAGCUGUUUCUCCUCUGGGGCAACCCAAUGCCAGGCCUGGCAGCUCCUCCCUGGGAAAGCUCCGAGCUCUUCCCAUUGGGCCUGGUACCCGCCAAGGGAAUGGUGGCCGGCCUGCCACAGCAGAGGACAGCCCCCCAGACACUGGCCCCCUGGGGGCGCCAAGCAGCAUGAAGAUCCCCAACCGGGACAGUGGGAUUGACAGUCCAUCCUCCAGCAUGGCCAGCGAGAACUUCCCCUGUGAAGAUGGGGAUGAGGCCUCCCCAGGUCCUGCCGGCCUGGUGCUGCAGCCCGAGACAGCUGUGGGCAGCCAGGUCCCACAGGACACCCGCCGGGAGGACGGUGAUAGUGAUGUGGGUGAGGAGCCUGACUCCGAGAACAAGCUCUCCGGGGCUGAUGAGGAUGUCAGCCUGGCCCAGUGCUGCAAUCCCCAGAAGCUGCUCCACAUUGCCCAGGAGCUUCUGCACACUGAGGAGACUUAUGUGAGGCGACUACACCUGCUGGACCAGGUUUUCUGCACCAGGCUGACAGAAGCUGGGAUCCCUGCAGAAGUCACUACUGGUAUCUUCUCUAACAUUUCCUCCAUCUAUCGCUUCCAUGGGCAGUUCCUGCUGCCUGAGCUGCGGACGAGGAUCACAGAGGAGUGGAACACAAAUCCCCGGCUUGGGGACAUCCUGCAGAAGCUGGCCCCAUUCUUAAAGAUGUAUGGCGAGUAUGUCAAGAACUUUGACCGGGCAGUGGGGCUGGUGAGCACGUGGACCCAGCGCUCUCUGCCCUUUAAGGAAGUUGUCCACAGCAUCCAGAAGCAGGAAGUGUGUGGGAACCUGACGUUGCAGCACCACAUGCUAGAGCCCGUGCAGAGGGUCCCCCGCUACGAGCUGCUGCUUAAUGACUACCUGAGGAGGCUUCCUGAGGAUGCCCCAGACCGCAAGGAUGCUGAGAGGUCCCUGGAGCUCAUUUCCACAGCUGCCAACCAUUCCAACGCGGCCAUUCGGAAAAUGGAGAAAAUGCACAAGCUCCUGGAGGUGUAUGAGCAACUGGGUGGGGAGGAGGACAUCGUGAACCCAGCCAAUGAGCUGAUCAAGGAAGGCCACAUCCAGAAGCUGUCAGCCAAAAAUGGCACUGCCCAGGAUCGUCACCUCUUCUUGUUCAACAGCAUGGUCCUCUACUGUGUGCCUAAACUGCGGCUCAUGGGACAGAAAUUCAGUGUUCGUGAGAAGAUGGACAUCUCUGGUCUCCAGGUGCAGGAUAUUGGGAAGCCAAAUGCAGUGCAUACAUUCAUCCUGACGGGAAGAAAACGGUGCCUGGAGCUUCAGACUCGGACAGAAGAAGAGAAGAAAGAAUGGAUUCAGGUCAUUCAGGCCACCAUCGAGAAGCACAAGCAGAACAGUGAGACCUUCAGGGCCUUCAGCAGCACCUGUAGCCAGGACGAGGAUCCCAGCCCAUCUCCAGACUCGCCUCUCGAGUUCAGAAAACUGUCCUCUAAGACCAGACGUGACAAGGAGAAACAAAGCUGCAAGAGCUGCAGGGAGACCUUCAACUCCAUCACCAAGAGGAAGCACCACUGCAAGCUGUGCGGGGUGAUCAUCUGUGGGAAGUGCUCUGAGUUCAAGGCUGAGAACAGCAGACAGAGCCGCGUCUGCAGAGAGUGUUUUCUGACUGAGCCUGCAGCUCCCACACCCCUCAGCACCGAGUCACCCACUGAGCCCAAACAGAACACACAGCUGCCUGCUGCAGAUCCCCAGCCAAGUGUGCUCUGCAGCCCUCUGAGGCUAUCAGAGGAUGGUGUGGCCUGGAUGGAGGUGUGGGCUGCCAUCCCCACCUCGGACUCUCAGGUGCUGCAGCUGCAGGGAAGUGGCCAGGAUGGCCAGCUGCUGAACACCAUCCCUCUGCCCAGCUGCAUGGUGUGUGUUCCAGACCCCAAGGAGGUGCAGGGUGCUGAGCACACAUGGAAGCUGCAGCAGGGCCAGCAGUCCUGGUACCUGAGCACCCCCUCUGCAGAACUGAAGCAGCGCUGGCUGGAGGCUCUGAGAGCUGUGGCCUACAGGGAUACAGCUCAGGACAGUCCAGGCAGCCUGCAACCCCAGGCCCUGGCAGGCACAUCCUCUCCAUGAACAAUGCCUCCUACUGCUCUUUACACUGCCACAUAGGGCCUGUGCUCUCCAGGAAGGUGACAUCAGAGCCAUGUGAAGGAAUGAGACUCCCAGGAUGCUGAGGAUAGGCUGAUGGCCUGGAGCUGGGGCAUUUAGCCCCAAUGGCCCUUCUGGAGGAAGCUGAGGCCCAAAGAGGAACAGCCACCUUUCCAGGAGGACCCAACAAGUCCAGGACAAGAUCUUGGCCUCCAGUUUCAGCCCCAGCAGUGUGGCUAGAGCAGGAAAUAUGGGCCACUAUCAAAAUACAUGUUACUUGAGUGAGCUGAGCAGUGGUGCCAACUCCAAAAGGCAGAGGGCCAUGUGGGUGCUGCCCAGGGUUGGCAGUGUCCCCCCGGUCUGCAGUCACCGCUGGGGCUGGUAGGGCUGCCGGCAGCCAUCCUGGCCUCUCCCCUCCUGUCUGCGCUCUGUGAGCUGCACUGUGAUCUGCUUCUCUUGAGCUUCUCUGCCCUCUGCUGAGCCUGGAGCCACCUGUGGAGGGGCAAAUGGUGACCUCCCGGCCCUCCCUGGACACACGCUGCCUGGCCCCAGUGGCAGCUAUGGGAGAUUGUGGCUGCCCCUUUGCAGGCAGAUGCAGCGCUUCUCCACCUAAAUAAAUGCCAGCUGUCAGCGAGUGA